AUCCUGAAUUCCUCUGAGUGCCAGACUUGCCAGGAAGGCUGCAGGGAGGAGCCCGCUUUCUCUUGCUGUCCAUACCUGGGCAGUAACUGAGCCCAGCUUAGGAACAAGGUCCCCAGAGAGGCUCUUUCCUGACCAGCCCUAUCCCCUCCAACACCAUGUGACACCGAGGAGCCAGCCGGCUGACGCUGAGUCGGAGAGCCUGCCUGCAGCUUGGUAGCUCCGUAGCUCUGGCAGCUGCUAGAGCCUUGGUCUGGCCAGGACAGUUGCCUCCAAGGCCCAGGGUGGAACAGGGAGGACCAGAACGGGGUGUCCAGAGAGAGAAAACGCAACGCCGACUUCUGCAGCCUCUACUGCCAUCACUGUCACCCUACAAUGUCACUGAGAGUGCACACGCAGUCUGCCAGAAUCCAGGAAGACAUGGCGUUCAACCUGACCAUCCUGUCCCUCACUGAGCUCCUAAGUCUGGGUGGGCUGCUGGGCAAUGGGGUGGCCCUCUGGCUACUCAACCAGAAUGUCUACCGGAACCCCUUCUCCAUCUAUCUCUUGGAUGUGGCCUGUGCUGACCUCAUCUUCCUCUGCUGCCACAUGGUGGUCAUCAUUCCGGAGCUGCUGCCAGACCAGCUGAGCUUCCCAGAAUUCGUACACAUCAGCCUGCUCAUGCUGCGGUUCUUCUGCUACAUUGUGGGCCUGAGCCUCCUGGCGGCCAUCAGCACAGAGCAGUGCCUGGCCACUCUCUUCCCAGCCUGGUACCUGUGCCGCCGCCCACGAUACCUGACCACCUGUGUGUGCGCGCUCAUCUGGGUGCUCUGCCUGCUGUUGGACCUGCUGCUGAGCGGCACCUGCACCCAGUUCUUUGGCGCACUCAGCUUCCACCUGUGCGGGAUGCUGUGGCUGGUGGUGGCCGUUCUCCUGGCUGCCUUGUGCUGCACCAUGUGUGUGACCAGCCUGCUCCUGUUGCUGCGGGUGGAGCGUGGUCCACAGAGGCACCAGCCCCGGGGCUUCCCCACCCUGGUCUUGCUGGCUGUCCUCCUUUUCCUGUUCUGCGGCCUGCCCUUUGGCAUUUUCUGGCUGUCCAAGAACCUGUCCUGGCAUACCCCCCUCUAUUUCUACCAUUUCAGCUUCUUCAUGGCCAGCGUGCACAGUUCAGCCAAGCCCGCUAUCUACUUUUUCUUGGGCAGCACACCUGGCCAGAGGCUGCAGGAACCCCUCCGGCUGGUGCUCCAUCGGGCACUGGGGGAUGAGGCUGAGCUGGGGGCUGUGAGAGAGGCUUCCCAAGGGGGACUUGUAGACAUGACCGUCUAAGCCCAGUGGAUCACAACUGCAGCUCCAGCCCAUGGGGGGCAGGGGAACUGGUAAGAACUGGGGUCAGAGCUUCAGCAGUAAGACGCUGGAGGGACACCUUUGCUGAUGACCCAGUCGUGUGUCCCCUGGAAGGAUGCUGGGGAAGGGCAGACAAAGAGUGGUGUUUCUGCGGAGGGCCUGGGAUUGUGCAUAUUAGGUAGAGCUCCAGGACCUCAUGACAGCUGUUUCCCCAGCCACCCUUCCCCGAUGACUACAGCAAGGAGAAGGCAGGCAUAAGACAGGCCAGUCACAGUGGCGGGCAACUGUCCCCCUAUCAGCAUCCUUCUUAUAGAGUGUGGGGUGACUUUUCUCAGUGCUCCAUGCUCCUCCCUUUAGUGUGGAAUAAAUGAAAUUGGAAGCUUGGUUAGCUAAAGGGGAAUAAGUGGUUUGGGAGUUCUCAGGGGUGUCCUCCUGACCCCAUACCACAACCAGAGAGCAAAGCCUGCCUGGCUUUGUCAGGGACCAAGAGCAGAGCUGGCACAGCUGCCUGGCAAGCUGUGGCAGGGGGGUUGUAAAACCAAGUCGCGCCUGGGCUACACCUCUAACUCUAGUCUCAGGGGAUCUGUCUCCCUCUUUUGGCUUCUGCGGUCAAAGCAUGCAUGUGGUACACACACACACACACACACACACACACACACACACACACACGCACGCACGCACGCACGCACGCACGCACACUGAAAACAGAGUUCAAGGUCAGCUUAAGGUAUAGGGGACCCAUCUCAGAAAACAAAGCACAGAGGGGGUUGUAGACAGGAGCCCAGUGGAUGAUGCAAAACUCAUGCAACAUUUCAGAAAAGCUGGCGGCUCCUGGGUCUCAAUCUCAAAGAGAGGUUCUCUGCUUGGGCAGCAAGGCCCCUCUCAGCUCUGCCCACACCCAAAGCACCCCUACCUAGCAGAUAGAGCCCAGAGCUUCAGUACCCAAACAGCUCCCCCUGCCCAGUCCUGGACGGGAUCUACCUAGCAGGGUUCCUCUGAGGAAGCAGUCUGGCUGCACUCCGCAGCAGGUAGCUGAGCUCCUGCCUGGCCGGGGGCUCAGAGAUGAAUGGGAGUCCACCAAUCCAGGCACAGGUGGCUUGCCACCACCCAUAUGUCAUUGUGCUAACUCUACCCUUACAUUUCUACUCCCUCACGGAAUACAGUCAGUUGAUUUACAUAUACACAGUGGAGUUGUGGCCAGCAAGUCCCAAGAGGAUUUUAGUACAUCAACACUCUAGGUCCACCUAUCAGACGUGUUGGCCUCCUAUGACAUCUGUGUGGGUGUAAUUCUGACUUGGACCAGGCCCACUGAUCGAGGGACAUUUGGUCUCUGUCAUGAUUUAAAGUUGUACCUGAGUCUGGACAAGGACAGCAGAACCCUGCCUGUCAUCCUAGAAUUGGCAACUGUCCCUUCCAACCCCAUUUGGAUGUGUUGGGUGGCAUCCUGUGGCAUGAUAUCUUUACCUCAGAUUCUCUGACAAGUCUAGAUAUAGGGAUCCCAGCGGGCUAGGAGUUUGCAGAUGGGGCUGGUCCUCCUCUUCCAGGGGAGUCCCUUCCACCCCCAUGAGGGCCUUCCCUCCUCCACACUGAAGCUUAGGAACCGGCAUGGCUGUCUGUUCGCCUCCAGGUCAAGAUUCUCAACUUCGGUUCCUCAGCUUGGGGAACUGAGAGCAUGAAGGGAAGUAGCCUGUCCACAAGUCUAAUUUUUGGCCUCUGAACACCUACUUCUCCCCAGAAGAAAGUCCAAGCCAGCCUUACAGGUGUUUACCCAACUGAGCAUUAGCUGAGAUCCCUGUCAGUGAUGCUGGAAAACCCUUCCACGGUACAGUUAAGACCCUGAGACUCAGAGAGGUCUGUCUGCCUGAGAUAACCCAGAACAUGGAACAGACCCUCUACUGCUCUCUGAGCUAGCCUCAGCUGUCUACUUGAAGCAGUCCAGAGGUAUCUGAGGAAGUCAGGGAAAUGUUUUGAUCAGGUUGACCUAUGGGCAUUUUCCUGAUUGCUACUAGGUAUGGGAGGGCUCAGUCCACUGUGAGCAAUGCCACCCCUAAGCAAGGAGGCCUGGGCUAUAUAAAAAGCCAGCUAAGCAUGGCCUAGGGGCAAGUCAGUCCAUUAAUCUCCAUGCUUCCCACCUUGCUCCUUCUUGAGUUCUUGCCCUGACUGCCCUCAGUGAUGGACUGUGACCUGGAAGUAUAAGCUAAAUAAACCUUUCUCUCCCCAAA